AAGCACACUUCAAGUAUUCAUUUUGAAGCACUUGUUGUCAUCUCCCCUCUGAUUUUUCUUAAUCAUGGCUUCCCAUCGUUUGCCUUUCUUUGUGCUACCGUUUUUAUUCGUCACUUUGUCAUUGAUGAGCAGCAACACAGUCUUGGUUGGUGCUCGGCGUCUUUUGGAGACAUCUGUGCCGGAGAUUCCUAAACCGGAGUUGCCUAAGAUACCGUCCUUCCCAAAGGUUGAACUUCCAAAGCCUGAAUUACCGGAAAUCCCAAAACUCGAAAUACCUAAAAUGCCUGAGUUGCCAAAGCCUGAAUUGCCUAAAGUUCCGGAGUUGCCAAAACCUGAAUUGCCUAAGGUUCCCGAGUUUCCGAAAGUGCCAGAGUUGCCAAAACCUGAACUACCUAAGGUUCCUGAGUUUCCAAAAGUGCCAGAGUUGCCAAAGCCUGAAUUUCCUAAGGUUCCCGAGUUGAAAAAACCUGAAGAAGUCAAAGUUCCAGAAUUACCUAAAGUUCCUGAGAUGCCCAAAGCUCCUAAAUUGUCAAAAUCUGAAGCACCAAAAGUUCCCGGGUUACCAAAGCCAGAGUUGCCUAAAGUUCCCGAGGUGCCCAAGCCAGAGUUGCCCAAGGCUCCCGAGUUGCCAAAAGUUCCUGAGGUGCCUAAGCCAGAAUUGCCAAAAGCUCCUGAAUUACCGAAAAUUCCCGAAUUAACAAAACCAGAAUUGCCUAAAAUUCCUGAAGUGCCGAAACCAGAAUUGCCCAAAGUUCCUGAGUUACCCAAACCAGAAAUACCUAAAUUACCCAACCUACCAAAGCCGGAAACACCUAAACAAGAACUGCCUAAGUUGCCUGAUUUGCCUACCAUGCCAAAAUCUUGAAUCAUGUGUUGAUUAGCAUAUUUAAAUUCAUUUCAUGAGUCACUUGUAGACCAUAUUAUUUAUAAAAGUUGCUUUGUGUGAUUUUAUUGUUAUCAUCUAUAUAUUAUACAUGUAAACUUUCAAAAUAAAUUUAUAGUUCUAUACAAAGUUUGCCUUAUUUAUUUA